AUGAAUGCCGAAUCAUUUUUCACAUUUUCAGCUCCAAGAAAGCGUGAACACCCCAUCGAGUUGGACAUAGAUCAGUUGGAAACAGAACGAGCCAAGCGACGUUAUGUAUCAGAAUUCCUAUCUUCCGAGUUGACCGCUUUGAGUCUUCAUGGAAGUGACAAAGAAGAAAGGCAGGUUAACGUAAUGGAACUCGAUGGGGGUAAUUCUAACAAGUCGGCUCAAUCACUAGCUAGACGAAAGCACGUUGUGAUGGUCACAAAUCUCGACGCGGAAGCUGCCGACGCUGAGAUAAGUGAGGAAGAAGCGAAUGAAAAAAAAUUAUCCUUAUUUAUGCCCGGUGAAAUCAGAAAAUCGUUAAAGAAGAUACCACAGGAGUUGUUGCUCCCGAGGACGGAGAACCCAGUUCGAGCACUGGUGUUGUAUCAACGACCACCAUGGCUGCCACUAGAGACCUCCGACCAGGAUAAAGAUGCAAACCAUGAGCGACGUGUUUCGGAUAUCAUGGAAAAUAGCAAACUGUCACCGAUUCCCGAAAAUCCGUCAUCCCCUGUAAUCGAAGUUGAGGAAAUGGAAUUGGAUGCGGAUGUCGAGAAUGGUAACAGGAAUUCCUAUGACGGGUACUUGGGUGACGACGACGAGGAUGGUCUGGAUGAUAUGGAAUUGUGA